GAUGGUAGACUGUUCUCAUGGGGUGAUAAUUCUCAUGGUCAGCUGGGUAUUGGUAGGAUAGCUCAGCCUCCAUCACCAGGCACUCCUUAUUUGGUCAAAACUCUACUCGGCAUCCCAUUGGUCGAGAUAUCUGCGGGCGGAUAUCAUAGCAUGGCGUUGACCUUAUCUGGAGCUGUCAUUGGCUGGGGGAAAAACAGGUUAGAACUGGAAAUGAACGUCAUUGGCAGGGACAGUAUUGCUAUCUAUAAAAAGCACCUUGAAGUCAAAUUUGAAGGCAAAUGAUAAGAACGUACACGUAAAAAUGCAUAAGUUAAUUGUUACAGAUCUUCAAACAAUGGACCUUUCCCCUUAUAACGUUAACUAAAAUUUUGAUCUAGACAAGAAUUUCAUCACAGCUUGAAAGAGCAUCACAAAAUUAGUAAUAUUCCAAAGUUUUGUUGCGAAAUGUUGUAAACCUGCGAAUAAUAUAGCCUUGCGAAGUUUGCCAUUUUUCAGUGAUGAAUUUUGUAUUACGCAUGGGAAAUUGACAGCCCAAUCGGGUGUUGGGGCAUCAAUUUCCCGUUUGUAAUACAAAAUGACUGAAAAUUGCAAAUUUUGCAGGGCUAUAUUAUCCGCAUUUUACAACAUUUCACAACGUAAACUUUGGAAUAUUACUAAUUUUGUGAUGCUCUUUCAAGCUGUGAUGAAAUUUUUGUCUAGAUCAAAAUUUUAGUUACAAGGGGAAAGGUCCAUUGUUCCUAGUUGUUGUGACAAGUCUGGAAUAAGUUGUUAUCACCUUGUUACGAGGUUGAUGACAGUAACAGACUUGGUACAAGUUGUUCUAACAAGACAGGUAGCUCUUCGUAACACGUAGUGACUACGUUGUUAUAACUGCAGAUUAUAUCAGACCUGUUGGAACAACUUAUUGCGAGUCUGUUGGCCUCAUCAACCUUGUUACAAGGUGAUAACAACUUGUUCCAGACCAGGCCUUAAAAUAUCGGUCGGUCACGGUCAUUGUCCGACCCAUUCGUGAAAUUGUCCGACGUAGAGAGGAAACCACCGGACAUUCUGUCCGACCAAAGUGAAACUAAGGUUUAUUUUUUGUCCGACCCAAGUGAAUUGGUGUUUGACCGAACUGUAGCUUUGUCCGACGUAAAUCAAAAUGUACCCUAGCCCAGGACUAGAGGCUUGUAUGUUAAACGGAAAAUCAGAGUACUAAUGUAUAAAAGGUGAACUGAAAAUGUUGUUUUAACGUAGUCGAGCGCGGGGCGACGAGCGAAAUGGUGAAGUGGAAAACGGGCUUAAGUUGUCGAAGUCUUUUUUAACACUGCUGUUCUGGCAAGCAAGUUAAUUUUGGCUUGGAAAUAAGUAUGAAAGAAACAAAUUAUCUAAUAUCUUUACAACAUUUACCGUUUAUUCAUUUGUGUCAUUCAGACUUAUUUCCGAGUCAAAACUGAACUGAAGGUCAUCGGACAUAUGUCCGACCCAAACUCAACGUCAUCGUACAUUUUGUCAGACGGCCCAGUAAAAGAUAUUUUAAGGCCUGCAGACUGGUUGACAACUGCGAACAAGCAGUGCGAACACAUCUUGUUGACAUUUUUAUCUGUUCAUUUCACUUUACAGUUUUGGUCAACUUGGAUUGGAAAAUGGCACAGGUAUACAGUUUAUGUAAAAGUUUUACUCUAUGGUUUAGUUUUCAUUUUCAUGCCUCAGUAUACCACAAUAUCCCUUUCAAUACAUUCUUUCUAGACCAGUGGUUUCCAGUGCAGAUUGAGUCAGUGAGAUCACAGAGAGUACGACAUAUUGUUUGCGGUGAAGACCACACGGCGCUUUUAACCGAGGUAGGUCUAGGACCACGUGAACUUAUCUCACCUGCCUAGUUGCCACUGUUCAGGCAAUCUAGCCAUGCAUAGUAUUAGCCAUUCCGAUGUUGAUGAGAGGACUGGGAACGAGUGUUAAAAAGUGCCCAAAUUAAGAAAUGAACCAAAUCACUAAAAAGACCACCUCAAAAUUAGUAAGUAUACAAAGUUUGAAGACGUUUACAUGAAUACCCUUCGAAUAACAAGCUUUCGGAAAUCGCGAUAUUUACUAUGAAAUGUAUUGUAAUUUGUGUUUUUGGGAUGCGCGUCCCAAAAACAAUCUUUUAAUCAGUAAUUUCACAAUUUUCGAAAGCUUAUUAUUCGAAGGGUAUUCAUGUGAACGUCUUCAAACUUUGUAUACUUACUAAUUUUGAGGUGGUCUUUUUAGUGAUGGGCACUUUUUAACAUUCGUCCCCAGUCCACUCAUCAACUUCGGAAUGGCUGAUUAGAAUGGAACAAAGGGUUAUUGAUGUUAACAUUUGUCGUAUUUUAUUUAUCUAUCAGGACGGAGGUGUUUUCACAUUUGGCUCAGGGACAAACGGUCAGCUUGGUCAUAAUUCAAAUUUUCCUCAAUAUCAACCUCGCAAGGUACGUUCUACAACGUCAGGUAAUGGAAUUAUAGAACUCGUAGUAUUUAUACAUCUGGCCAGUGGCCACUACCCCAUCUUCACAUUUUGAAUAUCGUUUAGGUGCUUGAAUUGAUGGGUACACUAAUUACGCAGUUAGAUUGCGGACGGUGAGUCACCUUCGGACGUACUACUAUAUGGUGGUUUUGACAUCAAAAGGAUAGCAAUUACAGUACCUAAGGCCUGUUUUAUACGUCGAAUUUCAGUCACGCCGAAUGCAAUUCAAACAAUAGAUAAUGAAGCUUAGUAAGGUUUAUCAUCUCAUUAUUGUCUUUGCGACCAAAAUUCGACGUAUAAAACAAGCCUAAUACAGGGUGUCUAAAAAAAGCGAACCUUGUUGUAAACACCCAAACUUCAUUACCUCUGGGAGUUUAGAAUGCAUUGUAAUCUUACGAGCAUAUUAAAACUCCAUAAAUUGUUCAUGAAAAUUCUAAUUGAAAGUUAAAACGAUUUAGAAAUUAAUGCCGUCAGUCCCCCCAUUGAAAAAGGUGAGGUCUAGGUCUAACUUCCAGCUGUAAUUCCAGUACCAUGUAUUAGACAGAUUUAGAUCGAGGACGCGGACGUCAAAGUCGACGUAAAAAUGGCGUGGCAUAUCCAUACAUGGGCACGACACGCCAUUUUCACGUCGUCUUUGACGUCUGCGUCCUCGAUCUAAAUCUGUCUAUUGUCUUGCAGUCGACAUACGGUAGCAUUUGCGCCCCAGCUGGGUCGUGUUUACACAUUUGGCCUUGGAGCGUAUGGUCAACUGGGGUGUGGUGAAACGAUGAGUUGCAGCAGUCCUGUGGUUGCUAAGGGACCGUGGAUGACGUCAUCGUCAACGUCAUUUGGCAACAAAACAUCGGUGAUGAAGAUCGUUGCCGGUGGAGACCACUGUUUUGUAUUGUCUGCCAAGGCUGGUGUAAGUUGUCUCAUCAGAGUGCGAUAAUUCAACAUUGUUAGUCGUACCUGGCUGGUAUUCCAAUGAUUAUUGCGGCGUACUUGAGCUAUUACAAGCUUAGGCCUGUUUUAUACGUCGAAUUUCGGUUGCGUCGAAUGCAAUUCAAACAAUAGAUAAUGAAGCUUAAUGAGAUUUAUCAUCUCAUUAUCUAUUGUCUUAAUUAUAUUCGACGCGACCGAAAUUCGACGUAUAAAACAGGCCUUAAGAUCCAAGGCGUACUUAGCUUUUAAAAUGAAUUACAUAAUGUACAGGUUUCUGAAAGGUAUUCAUUCCGUAAUCUGAAACUAGUAGUUAGAUAGACAAACACUACGAUCGACUCUAACAUUCCUAUAGUCCCAUCUCAUCAUAAUGAUAUCAGUCAGGGUCAUGCUAGACUUGCACAUAUUCUUGGAAAGGUUAAAUGGUACCAGCAAAAAGUUAAGUACGCAGAUAGCAAGAGUUCCGCGUACCUACGUGGUACGUGGCUGAAAACAAAGAAGUACCGUACCAGACCGUAAUAUUGGUGUACCUCCGGCACGUAAGUACGCGAAUUAUCGCACCCUGAGAGUCCCAUACCACCAAAGGCCCAUUUCCACUCAAGAAAAUUUCCGAAAAUAUCAUUGUUAAAAGUUGAAAAUUUUCAACUUCAAAUUUUUUUUCCGACGGAAAAUUUCUGUCGGCCAAUCACAUUUUACAAAAUUUUCUUUCUGCGGAAAAUUUUCCUGAGUGGCAAUGGACCUUAACCGUGCACGGUUCUUUCCCUGAUCAAGAUGGUAGGUUCGAUUCUUGUAUAUUAGGCAAAAUGGUAAAUGAUGGGAAGCAUUGUUUUUUUGUAGUCCUUGGUCGAGGCAGUGGAUAUGCGUGACAUCAAUCACGGUUUGACCGUCAUACACAGUGCCAUCGUGGAUGAUGUUGAACAUAAAAUCAGAAGUAAUACUGUCACUCCUGAACUUAUGAGGUUGGUAAAUCUACUUUAUACAGUACAGUAACUGAAGUAGCUAAUGUGCCUGUUAAACUAACUACCUUACCUAAGCUAACUAUGUCCGAUAACCUGAUUUCUUCUAGCAAAUGUUUAUUUCCUUUUCUCUAGAAAACUCGAGGCAGUGUUUACGAGUCAACAAUGUUUAAACGGCUGUUUCUUUAACACGUGAGCUUAAUUCUUCAACUGUGUAAUUGUAUAUCUAGCGCCCGUAUUCUAAAAGCUCGCACUCAAUGAGUGGAGGUUCAAUCUGAGCUUCUCUUGAGUGUCAGUGGUGUUUUUGAAUAGCUGGAGGGUGAGUAGUCACAUAGUAAGGUACGACACUAACCCUCCAGCUAUUCAAAAACAGCAUUGACACUCAAGGAAAGCUCAGAUUGGACUUCCACUCUUUGAGUGUGAGCUUUUAAAAUACGGGCGUAGGACUCGAACAAAUUUGAUCUGUAUCUAAUGUCACUAAUAUCUUUCACUGAUUGAUGAAGUCACUUUAUUUUUAUACCAAAAAUUUAGGAGGAAAAAUUUGGUCACAGACAUUCACAAUCAUGCGGUUGACCUGAGCGCCGUGAGAAGAUUUUUCCAAGCCUUAGCAAGGCACCCUCAAAUAAAUGAAAUUGUAAGUUAUAAGAAAAAUACGCCACCAUCCUAUUCUGGCCCGUGGGGGCGGGAGGUUUGAGCGACUAAGACUCCCCCUAUUUGUUCAUGAGUAAUUUCAGCUAAAUUUAGAGGUGAUUUGAGCUGACUUUCACUAAUUUUCAAACAAUUGUCGCUUGCGUGUAUUCAUUCAUAUACUAAAGUAGAUUAAAAAAACUCAUUGAUAAUUAAUGACGAAAACACAAAGAAAAUUCAUAAGAGUGUCGUAUCUUUAUACGUGAUAGAGAUUUCCCUUGAUUUACAUAAACUUUAACUUUCAUUUUCUCGACUUACUCAACGUAUUUUUUGAAAAUUACUUCGCCAAUGAACUUACUAGAUCGAUCGUUUUUGAAGCAAUUUAAAACAUUCGCUGUGCGUGUUUUAUCAGACCUAAAGAUACUUCGACUUCGCCUCGUAUCUUUAUAUCUGAUAAAACACUGCUGCUUAUGUUUUAAAUAGUACUUCUAACAAUGUUUGCAAGCUCCCCAGGUGUGGAUAUACACUCAGAGUAACAUCACAAACAUCAUAUUCACCUGAGUACACAACACCAACACAGAAAAAAUCAGUGUUUGCAGGCUCACAAAAUUUAUACAGUAUAUUAUUCAAGACCUCAAAUUCGUAUUGUAUGUAUUUGCAGGUUUUAAACGGUCUCGAGAGACAUCUAAUACCUUCGCUUCACGAAUCGCCUCUGGAUAUCGACAGUUUAAGACUGUACGUCAUAUUACCCGAGUAUGAAAUGUUCACAGCUGCCGAGAGAUAUAAGACACUCGCUGUACCAUUGGCUAAGAAAUUGCUGUCUUUACAUGCGGACCAUCAGUCGAUUAUCGGUCAGUAUAAAGGCCAGUUUACACUUGCAAAUUUUGCUGCGAUUUUCGCCUUCUGAUGAAUGUGAACGAGCGGAUGAGUUAUGAGUGUGCAGUUGAGGGUAGGGCCACAGAAUAGGAAGUUAUACCAGAAGCGUAACUCGAGCAAAUAUUUGUCCGCGUUUUUAUAAGCGAUUCGUCAUCAAUCACGCCAUCCUGGCUAGUACAACCGGCACUUUGUACCUACCAAAUCUUGAUAAAAACUUCCGGCUGUACUAGCCAGGAUGGCGUGGCCUGACGUGAGCGAGUUAAAAUUUUCGUGGACGUCAAACAAUAAGGGAAACGACUAGAGUUACGCUUCUGGUAUAACUUCCUAUUCUGUGGUAGGGCAGUGAACUCUAAGGGAACUGGAACGAUAACUUGGCGGCCAUCUUUGAAGCCAAAUUGAAGGCCGCCAUGUACGUAUGGAGUGGAAAAUACGCCACCAAAAAGAUGUCUGUUUUCGACCACUAAAUAGCUGUAUUUCAACAAGGAAAAAAGCUAAAAACUUUCAACUAUACCUGAAAUUUAAUACAAAACAUGUUUCCAGAACGUAGAGCAGUUAUAAAGUUCUUUUUUCAGGAGUCAAAGUGCGAAGUUUUUUUCGGCACGUUCAAACUUGUGUAAUAUUUUGAAUAUCAAGCUGUUACCCAGGACGUUUUUGUUGUUAGUGGAUGUAAAAUACUUAGAACUAUCCAGGAAACCAGGUUUGAAUCUUUAAAGUUGAAGCCUUUUGAUAAAAAGUACUUUUUCUCGCUGAUUUUCGCUCAAAAACAAACUUUUGACUGAAUUUCCCGCUCCUCGAAACUCUCCCCAGUCCUUUUGAAAGUUAAUUUAUUGCCAGCCUAGUGAUUUAUUGCUGGCCGUGCUCGCGAGAAGCGCCAUUUUGGCUUCAGGCAAGUAUGGGCAUGUUUAUCUGCAGUUAGCGUUCCAGUGUUAUUACAGUUCACUGGGGUAGGGUCGUGGCUAAAGGGGAUGGACUAGAGACAGGUUUUCAAGAUGGCCGCCAGUUUUUAAGAUCAUUUAAAACGUAAAAAAAUCGACAGCCAGCCACUUGCAACAAUACUAAACCUCACCCCACACCAAACCCUAAUCCUAACCCCCAACACUAAUACUAACGCAAACUGUUAUUUCAAUUUUGGAACCAUUUCGUAAACUACCUUUUAACAGGGUUCGUAGCGGUCUUUGAAAUCCCUGAAAAUCUUUAAAUUUGAAUGCAGGUCUUUAAGGUCUUUGGAAAGCCUUUCAAUUGUGUGAAAAAGCGAAGAAAGUCUUUAAAAGUCUUUAAAUUCUUUAGUGAGUAUUUGAUUAUACGAUUUCCUAGCUAAUGAAAUAGAUUGAUUGAAGCAAGAUUUUCGCAGAUAUGGACGAAAAAGUGCGUUUUAGGAUGUGAUUUGACGGGACUAAUUACCUGGUAAAAAUGGUGCUUAUUCAUCGCAAUUUUUCGACAGCUGAUUUCUCUCAAAGGUCUUUGAAAAGUCUUUGAAAAUAGGCAGAAAAAAUUUUUGCUUACUCGCAAAAUUUAUUUGUUAAUAUAGGUAAUUGGUGGGCGAAGCUGCCAUCAACUUAUAUCGAGAGAAUAAUCAAGGUAUCUUUCAUCAUUGACACACGAUUAUUUGAACUGGGCCUGUGCGAAUGAUCCAUAUUACUGAGACUGCGAAGCAUGGGAGAUCGAUGGAGAGAUUUCUACUAAUCUCAAAAAAUGUUGGUAUUUUAGAUUUUUCAAGAAUGUGUAAAAUUUAUACUGGAACAGAAAAUAAAUCAACAUGAUAACCAGGAGGUAUUAAUGUUUUGUUUUGUUUUGUUUUGUUUUGUUUUGUUUUGUUUGGUUUGGUUUGGUUUGAUUUGGUUUGGUUUUUUUUUGUGAGUUGUGUAUACCUUUGCACUUUAAGCACUUGUUGACAUCGCAUCUGUACUGCAAUUUAGUUCAUUCAUUACUCCUUCUCUUGUUUUAUUCGUUUCUGUUCCAUUUAUUCUGUCCUUCUUUCUUUCUUCCUCCAUACAAAAAUUUUGUUGCUGGAACUUGGAAAUUUACUAGAACCAAAGGGUCCUAUGCCCGCCAGUUCUGUUACGUCUUUCCUACGUUAUGUUUAUGCUAUUUGUCUUAAUCAUAGUUCGCAGUGCGAGAAGAAUGUCUCAGAUGUAGCCUGGAAGUUUUAAAUGGCGUUCACAAGGUAAAGAAAACAUCUGUCGAAUUAAAUGAGGUGACAUAGUAACCAAGGUUAAUAUCAUAGGAACCGCGCGCAGUCUGGGUACGACAUGUGCCCUCGGGAUAUCGGAUAUAGAGAGUGCCAAGCAGACUCUCAGGUCAUUAGCUAACUCAUAGCCCACUUGCAGUAGUAAUCUACUUAGAGAAGAAGCCAAAUUUUUUUUGACGACAAUGGACCAUUUGCAUUAUAGACUAAAUUUUGAUCUAAACAAGUCUAGACAAAAGUUUCAUCACAGCUUGAAAGAGCAUCACAAAAUUAGUAAUAUUCCAAAGUUUCGUUGCGAAAUGUUGUAAAAUGCGGAUAAUAUAGCCUUGCGAAAUUUGCAAUUUUCAGUCAAUUUGUAUUACAAACGGGAAAUUGAUGCCCCAACACCCGAUUGGGCUGUCAAUUUUCCGUGCGUAAUACAAAAUGACUGAAAAACGGCAAAUUUCGCAGGGCUAUAUUAUCCGCAUUUUACAACAUUUCGCAACGAAACUUUGGAAUAUUACUAAUUUUGUGAUGCUCUUUCAAGCUGUGAUGAAAUUUUUGUCUAGAUCAAAAUUUAGUCUAUAAUGCAAAUGGUCCAUUGACUUUCGGUUUAAUUUCCACCGAGCACUUAGUUCGGUGUGAUAAGGUGCAGAUGUUCGGUGGUCAGGUCCUGAAUGGACAGCUUCACGUGAUUCGGACCUGAAUCCAAGUAACUCAAAUCCCUAGAUCAUUAGCUGACCACGUCUAUGGUAACGACAGUCAAAUUAAUUUAUUGACUCGUUUCACUUCAAUUAUCCUCUGGGUAUGAGCACAACUAUACAUCUGCCUUUCUCGCCCAAAUGUUCUCAUAUUCAACUUUACUUUUCUCCACAUUCAGGUUAACAAGCGUGCAGAGAAUGCUGUGCCGUAUCCUGUGUUUUAUAUCCCAGAGUUGACGGACUGUCUUGAGCUCAGGAGUGAUUAUUUACGUUGGAUCGACCAUGAG